UUGUAAACAAAUUUUUAAUCGAUAUAAAUUAAAAAGUUUCCCUCAUUUUUUGUUAAGGGAAGUUUAGUAGAUUUAAUGUAUGAGUGAACGGUCACAUUGCAUUCGUAGCGACGACGAAAGGCAUGUCAGGCGAUAUGUAACGCGUAUGGAAUAAAAAAUAAUUAUUGGACAAAAAUAUAUUUUAGCAAAUCAUACACGUAUUAAGUUACGUACAUUUUUUAAUCUAACAUAAAAGCUGAUGCUAAGUUUGGUGUUUUUGUGAAAAAUAAGUUUAAUUUCCAAAAGCUCUUAAGAAUUGUUAAUGUGACACAAAAAUUUUUACAUGCCGCACACACAAGCGCUUUAGAGACUUAGUACAUGUACAUGUGUAUGCAAGCGAGUGAAAAUUGCAAAGGCCAGUUAAAGAAAGGCGUGUGGUGCGUGUGUUGUGUGUAGAUGAAAGUGCAAUAUCGAUCAUUUACGCGCUUUGUCAUACAGUCAAGCUGUCCAAAACAUUUUUUCUUGGUUUAACCUUUGUCACCCGCUUACUAAAUAAUGCCGCUACUUGCCUAUAAGGAACAACGCAUUCUAAGUCCUCAACAACUGCGCAAGCUUAGCGAACAUAAAUACUCAUGCUUCAGCGCAAGUUUGCUAGAUCCAUUGCUCCAACCGUGGUGGAAUUGGUUGGUCGCCCAAACGCCACUUUGGCUAGCGCCCAAUCUCAUAACAAUCGUCGGUCUAAUACUCAACAUUGUGACAACGCUGAUAUUAAUUUGCUACAGUCCGAACGGAGUCGAGCCGCCACCACGUUGGACAUGCUUUCUCUGUGCUCUUGGGCUCUUUGUCUAUCAGAGUUUAGACUCUAUAGACGGCAAACAGGCGCGGCGCACCAACACUUCGUCACCGCUAGGUGAGCUCUUUGAUCAUGGCUGUGACUCCAUAUCAACUAUAUUUGUGGCUCUUUCGGCGUGUAUAUCCUGCCAACUAGGCCACUACCCGAACUGGCUGUUUUUCCAGUGCUUCUGUGCGAUAGCAUUAUUCUAUUGUGCCCACUGGCAAACUUAUGUGUCUGGAACGAUGCGAUUUGGACGCAUCGACGUGACUGAAGCACAAUUUUCGAUUAUUGCCAUACACUUAGUUUCCGCUAUUUUAGGGCCGGAGAUUUGGUUGACCAAGGUUGGCUUUGGCAAGAUUGAGCUUUGGUAUGGUCCGGCUAUAACGACCAUUGUGUGUGGUGUAAUAUCCUUAACAUAUGUAUUUUCCAUCGUUGUCGCCGGCGGUGUUGGCAAAAACGGCUCCACAGUUGCUAUUCCUAUCUUGGGAGUUUCGUGGAAUUAUACCAUAUUAGUAUUUAUCACUUUCGGUUAUACCUUGAAUAUAAUCAAUUUUCAAAAAAUGUUUAUUGAAGGCGGCAGUGGCAAAAACGGCUCAUCAGUUGCUAUGCCUUAUCUCGAGUGUGAAACACGCUGCUUGCCGUUCUAUAUGGCCAGUGGAAUUGACUUGAGUUUAGCAUUACGUUACUCGAAAUCAAUUUUGAACGAAGGCUGUGGAAAGAAUGGAUCAUCCGUUGCAGGUACCAGUGUACUAUCGCCUAGUAUACCACUUACUCUAGUGGUCCUACCGGCGCUCAUGAUUGCCCAAAAGUCCCCGGAUAAUAUUUUUACGGAGCACGCUUCUGUUUUUAUUCUGGCCUUUGGCAUGGUAGCGGCAAAAAUUACGAAUAAACUAGUGAUUGCCCACAUGACGAAAGCUGAGAUGGAGUAUUUGGACUGGUCAUUACUGGGCCCAGCAUUAUUGUUCCUCAAUCAGUACUUUAAUUGUAUUGUGCCAGAGAUUUGGUUGCUUUGGUUUACGCUAGCCUGGGGCACUCAGGAUUUACUACGUUACUGUGCGCAGGUUUGUUUAGAGAUUUGCCAGCAUCUACGGAUCGACCUGUUUAGAAUACCGUAUAGCGCCAAGGUCUCGAGCACCUCGUCGGUGGGCAGCCAGAUAAAUUUCGGAGUGGAUAAGAAUGGUAGCACAUCACACCGAAAGUCUAAAAACAAACUACACUAACUGUAUGCUGCAUCCAUUCAUUAAAAUUCCUAAGAAAGUUUCAAAUAUUUUCGGUGUUAAAGGAAGUUUAAACAGUUUUAAGCUUAACCAAACAAAAUUUACCGUCGGAAUGUUAAUUCAGCAAAUAAUAGUAUAAUUAAUUUAUAAAUGUUGUAACCAAAAAGAUAAAAGAUAAACUGGAGGCAGAUCUAACCAUAUAUAUAUAUAUAUAUAUAUAUAUAUAUAUACAUAUAUAUUUGGUGUAUAAAUAUAUUUUAUAUAGUUAUGUAAAUUGUAAAAACUAAAAUAUCCUGCAGUUUUUAGUGGAAAAAUGAAUGGCGUGCUUUAAGCUCAAUUAACUGUUAAGUCAAAGCGAUUAGUUUUUGGAAUUCCUUCAUUAAAUGAUGAUUUUCUUUGAUUUAAUUGGGCAAUCGUCUGAUACUGAAUCAUAUUUCUGUUAUAUUAUUAUUUAAAUUCGUAUAGGAAAUUAGUGCUUUAUUUCUUACUCACUGAAAGAAUAUACCAUUCUAUAAUGUAUGUACUAUAUAUAUUAAGAUAUUAGUACUGAAGUAUAUUAUAUUAAUUUGUGUAGUAAGCCAAUAAUCAUUCUAAGUGGUCACUGAAUUAAAAAUGCAUUCGGUUUUGAUUUAACAAAAUUUAUGUUGUAUUCAAAUAAAGAAAUAAAUCUUGAGCAAUAGAAACUAUUGGAA